AUGGAGGAAGUUGCAAUAGACAAUGGAAUGAUAAUUGAAGAAGAAGCUAUUGAAGGACUUCACUUGUUUGGAGAUAAAAAAGAAAUGACACUAUUUAAACAUUUAAAUAGAACACAUACAAAGAUAGGAGAAAAGAUGAUAAAAGAAUGGAUUAGACAACCAUUAAUAGAUAAGGAUAAGAUAAAUAAACGACUAGAAUUAGUAGAAGGGUUUUAUGAGAACUCAGAGAUUGGAUUAAAAAUCAAAAAUGAAGAAUUAGCAAUAAUGGCAGAUUUAGAGAAGUUAAUAAAAGGGAUAAAUAAAAGUGAUUUAGAAAGUAUUGUCAAAUUAUAUGAAGCAGUAAGAAUUAGUAAAAAAAGAAUUUCAGAAGAAAUGGAAAAAUUUGAAGAAAUGGUAGUAACACUUAUUGACAUUGAAGAAACAAAAAAUCAUGUAUUUAAAAUAAGAGAAGACUUUGAUGAAGGACUUCAAAAAAUAAGAGAAAAUCAUAAAAAAGUAGAAGAACUUUUUGAAAAAUGUUUAGAACAAGCAGCAAAUGAUCUUAGUAUUAAAACAGAUAAAAUUAAAAUAAUUGAAUAUAAUAAUAAUUUAAUAUUAAGAGUAUCUAAAAGUAAUGAAAAAGAAGUUAAAAAGAAUAAAAAGUAUACUGUUAUUCAAACACUUAAAGGAGAAUGUAAAUUUACAUUUAAAGAAAUGCAAACACUUAAUGUUAAAAGAGAUAAACUUAAUUUAAAAGAAGAAGAAAUUAAUAAAAAAUUUAUAGAAGAAAUUAAUAAAGUAAUUGAAGGAUAUAAAGAAACAUUUAAAGAAUUAGAAAAUAUUAUUGGAUAUAUUGAUUGUAUUCAAUCAUUUGCUACAAAUGAAAGUGAAAAAGGAAUUAUUAAAAUUAAAAAAGCAAGACAUCCAUUAAUUGAAAAUAAUAGUAUAAAUACAUUUAUUGAAAAUGAUAUUGAUAUUAAUAGAAAAGAAACAAGAUUUCAAAUUAUUACAGGACCAAAUAUGGGAGGAAAAUCAACAUAUUUAAGAAUGAUUGGAUUAUGUGUUAUUAUGGCACAAAUUGGAAUGUUUAUUCCAUGUUCAGAAGUAGAUAUUUCUAUUUGUGAUAAAAUAAUGUGUAGAAUAGGAGCAGGUGAUAAUAUUGUUGAAGGAAUGAGCACAUUUAUGUCAGAAAUGAAAGACACAUCAGAAAUUAUUAAAAAAUCAACAAAAAAUUCAUUAGUUCUUAUUGAUGAAUUAGGUAGAGGAACAUCAACAUAUGAUGGAUUUGGAAUUGCUUGGGGAAUUUCAGAAUAUUUAGCUAUUGAUAUUGGAUGUUAUUGUGUUUUUGCAACCCAUUUUCAUGAAAUUACAGGAUUAGAAAAAAGAGUAAAUGGUGUUAUAAAUAAACAUGUUGAAGCUGAUAUUAUUGAUAAACAACUUGUAUUAAAAUAUAAAAUUAAGAAUGGAAGUACUGAACAAAGUUUAGCAAUUUAUGUUGCUGAAUGGGCUGAUUUCCCUCAUGAAGUUGUUGAAUCAGCAAAAAGAAAAGCAAAAGAACUUGAUUUAGAUCAACCUGAUUCUAAAAAGAAAAUUGAAAUCUUUACUAAUAAAAUCCCUCUUUUAAAGGAUGAAAUUCCACAAAUCACUCCUGAUGAUAUUGUUAAAGGAAAGUCUAUUAUCAAUAAUUUUAUUCAUGAAUAUAAAUCUACUUCUUCUGAUCAAUUAAUUUCUCUUCAAAAUAAAUAUUAUCAAUUACUUCUUUCAAAUCCUUUUUUAAAACAACUUGAACAAAUUUCACUGAAAUAA